GUUUGUGUGCUUUUGAGAAGCGACUUUCUCACAGCACUUGUUAGGAGGUGAGCGGAGACUCACCUGUUGACAAAUCGCCGCUGGACUGCUCUUAAUUCACAAAUUCUUUCAUACUGAUUGGCGUUUUUUUUCCAACAUGACGGACGCGCUUUUACCGAACGGUCUCAAGGAAAGUCGAGGAGACGACAAGUACUUCAGAAAGGGUUGCAAUCCAUUCGCCCAGACGGGACGAAGCAAGCUGCAGAACAAGCGAGCCAAUCUGAACCAGCAGAUCAUCAAGGAGAUGAGGAUGCGAGCAGGAGCCGAGAACCUUCUCAAGGCUACCUCCAACAGCAAGGUGAAGGACAUGGUCUUGCUGGAGCUGAGCUACGUCAACUCCAACCUGCAGCUCCUCAUGGGCCAGCUGGAAGGACUCAACAGCUCCGUGGAGGUCUACCAGAGCAGCCAGGAAACUGCCAACAUCCCGCUCAUUGCCCUGGGUCUGAAGGAGACCAAAGAAGUUGACUUCUCCACACCCUUUAAGGAUUACAUUGUUUCACAUUACAACGAAGACGGCGCCGACUACGAAGACGAGCUUGCUGACUUGAUGGACUUGCGGCAGUCGUGCAGGACACCAAGUCGCAGUGAGGCUGGCGUGGAGCUGCUGGCAAAGUACUUCAACCAUCUUCCUCUGGUGGAGAGUCGAUUCUUUUCGCCAACACAUCACAGUAGCAUAUUCUUCACUUGGUACGACUCCUUCACAGGCGUCCCAGUGUGCCAGCAGAACCUGUCGCUGGAGAAGGCCAGCAUGCUCUUCAACAUGGCCGCCCUCUACUCGCAGAUCGGCACCCGCAGCGACCGGCAGACAUCAGCCGGCCUGAAAGAGGCCAUUUCGGCCUUCCAGAAGGCGGCAGGCAUUCUGAACCACCUUAAGGAGACAUUCACACACACACCCAGCUAUGACAUGAGUCCCGCCAUGCUGGCCAUGCUCAUCCGCAUGAUGCUGGCGCAGGCGCAAGAGUGUUUCUUCGAGCAACUCGCCCUGCCCGGCGUCCGCAACGAGGUUCUGAGCCUGCUCAGGAUGGCGCAGGAGGCGGCCAAGGUGUCGGAAGUCUACGACCACGUCCACCAGUCCAUGAUCCAGACACCGGUGAAAGACAACGUGCCCUUUUUCUGGUCCACUAUGUCUCAAGUGAAGACCAACCACUACCGCUCCAUGGCGCACUACUUUGUGGCCUCGGCCCUGCUGGACCAUCAGGUUGGUCCGAGUGACGACGAGGACCAGCAGGAAAAGUCCUUGUCCCAAGUGUAUGAUCACCUCCCUGACGGUUGUUCUCCUCUGGACAUUCUCAAGAAGACAGCCGAGCGAGAGCGAGUUGGAGCUGGCCACUCUUCCUCCAUUUGACAUCAGUCAUUAGGCCACGCCCCUAAAGGCCACGAGGAGGCACUGAGGAUCUACUGCUUGUGCCAUCACCUCAACAAGCUGGAGGUGCUGCAGGACAUCCUGAAGGCCAGCCACCAGCGCUCGCUGCACAAGGCCAGUGACAACCAAACGGACGAGGAGUUCACCGAUUACCUCGACGCGCCCGACAUUAUCUCAAAAACUGAGCAACAAGCAGAGAUGGAGGUUCCCGCCACACUAAAGGUGAAAGUCAACGACUUUUUCCAGAGGCUGGGUCCUCUGUCGAUGUUCUCUGCCAAGCAGCGUUGGACAGCACCUCGGAAGGUGCGCCUGCGCACGGAGGACAGAGACCUGGGCUUCACCCUUAAGGGGGAGGCACCGGUCCAAGUUGUCUCGCUGGAUCCCCUUUGCCCUGCUGCUGCCGAUGGACUGAAAGAGGGCGACUACAUCGUUGCCGUGGGCGAGGCGGAAUGCAAGAGGUUGGGUGUGGGUGAGGUGAUGAGGCUGCUGAAGGACGUGGACGAGCAGGGCGUUGACAUCACGGUGGUCAGCGUGCUGGACAGCAACCCGACCAUGCCGACAAAGAGCGCCACCUUCUGCGGCAACCUGCCCAAGACGUACUCCAUGAUCUGUCUGGCCUACGACAGCGACGACAAGAACGGCAAGAUGCGCAAGGUCAGCAAGAAGUCGUCAUUCCUUAGCUGGGGCUUGAAGAACAAAUUGAAGAGCACCAGUACCGUCAGCCUGCCCACCACAGAGCAGUCGUGGAACAAAGCCUGCCCGGCCUUCCCCCCCAGCUCUUACAAGGACGCCACCCUCUACUGAGUACCCAGGUGCCCUCUGCAGUGGACAAAUAUUUAUAUUGAACACACAU